AUGGCCUUGAAGACUUGCAUUACAGUCCUGGCGACUCUGGGCUUAGCGACCGCGCAAACCAGCGUUGUCUCGCUAUUCAUUCCCGACACCGACCCACAACCGCUGGCCGCGUCGAUCGUGGCAGAGGGCGCUGGCACUACAACCUAUAGCAUUAACUGCCCUCCCGGUACUGAUAGCUCGGAUUGUGGAAUGGGACCAGGCAUGUGGUAUACCUCAGCUCCCAAGACCAUAGAAUGGGCAAUGAGUGAGCCUGAGGAAGGAUUCUGGGGCCGCGUGGUCUGCUCUAUGGGCGGUACGACAACUGCCACUUGCACCGAUAUGAUGAGCGGAACUGGCGCCAACUUCCCUGGAACAUCGGCAUCUACUCUAGCCCAGACCGAUAUAACAUUCCUCCCAGUCACCGUCACUGCUGGUCCUACUAGCACAAAUUCUGCAUCUACCGCUACUGGUACGGCCAGCUCAGCCCUCACAUCUAGCAAGGCGAAUGCUUCCGGAAGCAAUGCCUCAUCCACCUCUGCUGCAUCGUCCACGGCUGUUGCUUCUCAUGCUAGCACUGGCGGCUUGUCUCGAGUCACCGGUAGCCCUCACCGUGUCUUGGGGGGUGCUGCUGCUGCUUUGAUCGCGGCUGCUUGGUGA